AUGGAGUUUUCUUUUCUGCAGCUCACCAUCUCCAUAAUUGCCUUAGCCGCCAUUGCCCAAACAUCUUUCGUACAAUCCGCCUGUGACUCUGAUUGCGUUAAAGGGUUUGUUGCUGCACAUAACGCGGCCCGACAAACUGUUGGAUCUCCACCUGUUAACUGGAACUCCACCUUAGCAGACAUCGCCGAAUCCUAUGCCGCCAAGAGGUCUGCUGACUGUGUGCCGCAGAACUCUAACGGGCUGUAUGGGGAAAACAUUGCGGUGGCCUCUGCCGAAUUGUCUCCGGCGGAUUCCAUGAAGUUGUGGAUGGGUGAGAAGAAGGACUAUGACCACGCAUCGAAUUCUUGCACCAGCGGCAACAAUUGCCGCUCUUAUACGCAGCCGCCAUUGCCCAAAACAUCUUUCGUACAAUCCGCCUGUGACUCUGAUUGCGUUAAAGGGUUUGUUGCUGCACAUAACGCGGCCCGACAAACUGUUGGAUCUCCACCUGUUAACUGGAACUCCACCUUAGCAGACAUCGCCGAAUCCUAUGCCGCCAAGAGGUCUGCUGACUGUGUGCCGCAGAACUCUAACGGGCUGUAUGGGGAAAACAUUGCGGUGGCCUCUGCCGAAUUGUCUCCGGCGGAUUCCAUGAAGUUGUGGAUGGGUGAGAAGAAGGACUAUGACCACGCAUCGAAUUCUUGCACCAGCGGCAACAAUUGCCGCUCUUAUACGCAGGUGGUUUGGGGCGGCAGCACGAGUAUUGGCUGUGCUAGGGUUACGUGCAAAACUGAUUGGAUGUUUGUCAUCUGCUACUAUAACCCUCCGGGCAACUAUAUGGGCGAAAAACCAUAUUAA